UUGGCACCUAUCAACGCAUCUCAUCAUGAAUUCCCAGAUGCAGUUCAAAAGGCGUUCCUUCCAGCUCAAGAAAUUCUUGCCGUGUUUGAAAUUCUGAAGGUAAGUAUGCCUUCAGAGGCAAGUAAUAUAACUCAGUGGUUAGAGGAAUAUUAUAUCCUUGGAAAAGUACGACAUCGAUUACGUGAUGGAACUAUAGCAACUUAUGGCUUGCCUUUAUUUCUACCAAGUUUAUGGUCUAUUUACGAUUCGAUCGGGCUAGAUGUUCUGGGAACGCAGAAUGUCGUGGAGGCCUGGCACUACCAUUGGAAGACAUUAGUUGAAGGAUUAAAUGUAAGUGCUUAUAAGAUAAUUAAUGAAAUACAGAAAGAACAGCAAAAUGUUGAAACUCAG